UUAAUAUGUUAUUAAUAUUGAACAUAGAAAGCAAAGAAAGCUGGUUUACCCUUGAGAGUCAACGCCUCUGCAACUGCCAACUUGCUCUGUUCUCGCGUCGUGUUUCCAUGGCACAGAUGCUGGGUUCCGCUGAUUCUGCAAAUAUGAAAGUCUCAGUCUUUACAUCACAGGACUUGAAAGCAUUUACCGACAAUUUCAACGGCAAGAACCUGAUCGGAAUCACUCACUCCGGCAUGUUAUACAGAGGACAGCUCCGAUCAUCUUGGUCGACUGCAGAAGAAGCUCGAAAUGUUACAGUGAAAAUAUGGGAUCAAAAACCAGAGUUCGCAUGCGAAUGCUUGGUUCGAGUGAGUCGUCAAAUUUUGAGUUAUACCCUCCAUUUGCAGACACAAUUGGCGGUGUUUCUUUCCAAGCUUAAAAUUUGUUUUACGUCUUCUCAGGAAGAAGUGAAGUUAUUGACACAGCCAUCUCUAAAAGGGCAUCCCAGUUUUGCAAAUUUGGUUGGUUAUUGCUGUGAGGAUGAAGUGAAGGGUGUCGUUUAUGAUCUCAAUCCAUUGGGUUUCUUGCAAAAUCUUAUGACAAGAGAUAACUUUAAUUGGCUUCAAAGAGUUGAUGUAAUUCUCGAACUUGCUCGGCUGCUGGACUUCAUUCACUGGCAGGAAAAGCCAAGCCUGGCCUUCGAUUUUAGAGCAUCAAAUAUACUGCUAGAUUGGGAAUGCAAGCCGAAACUAUGCGGGUUCGCGCCGAAUAGCAACGAGACAGUUAGUGACCUCAAUAAACCAUACAAGUUUGCACAAAUUCCUUCUGGCUAUUCUCAUCCAUCUAUAAGAGGUGGGAGUCGAGGGAAAAUGAGCUCUGACGUAUAUUCCUUGGGGGAAAUUCUGCUUGGACUUAUAGCCAAGAGAGAUUUAGAACAUGAGAAACUGGAAAAACAAGAUCAUCACCAGGUUGUGAACAGCCUAGUGAGCAUUUGGGCAAAGAAUGAAUACAGACCAAAUGCCUCGCUUGUCCACGAAACCUUGCAGGAAGACUGGGGUUACAACGCUGAAGAGGGAGUCAGAAUUACAGAGCUAGCAAUGCACUGUAUAGAAUUCUUUCCAAGCAAUCGUCCGAGCACAAAGCAAGUCCUUCAGCAUCUUGAAGGCUUGCAAGUUGCCCAACGUCUUACCGAUGUCAGACCCAGAAAAAAGGAAAGAAAAUUCUGUGGCAUAUGAAAUCAUCUUUUUUAUUAUUUACCAGUCAAGUUCAGCAGAUAGUCAUGGAGUUUAAUAGCACUCACUAGUUUUCAGCUUUCUCUCAACAAAGCAGAAAGUUGUCUAACAUGAGAGCUGCAAAUACAGAUCUAUCAUUAUUCAUAACCUAUGUUAUAGUUUUACCCGUUCAACAUAGCUUAAGGAUGUAAUUGAAAAUCAAUUGCAAUCCCAGAAUUUCAUUUUUAACACUCUGUUUGUGUCUUCCAUCCUGUUUAAAGACAGCUUUCCACACUAACUACCAACUAAUUUGAGCAAAAAUAACUAUUCUUUUCAGGAAGAACCUUUCACUUUCAUCAGAUGUACAUCCUCUCUCAUCUUAACGCCUAAACGUUGGAUAAAAGUGACAAUAUCUGUGAAAAUUGGCAACAGAUGAAAUAUGACUUCAGAAGUCAAAUCAGAGGGUAAUCUUAAAAGCUUGUCUGUUAGGCUUGUAGAGA